UUAAUUACAUUUUUGUUUGUGUCUAGUGAGAGUAAGCUAUGGGUAGGAAGCCUUGCUGUGACAAACUGGGAGUUAAAAAGGGACCGUGGACAGCUGAGGAAGACAAGAAACUCAUCAACUUUAUUCUCACCAAUGGUCAGUGUUGCUGGCGUGCUGUUCCUAUGCUCGCUGGCCUCCGCCGCUGUGGCAAAAGCUGCCGGCUUCGAUGGACUAAUUAUCUUCGGCCUGAUUUGAAGAGGGGCCUUCUUUCUGAUGAUGAAGAACAAUUGGUUAUUGAUCUUCAUUCCCGUCUUGGAAAUAGGUGGUCGAAGAUUGCAGCCAGGUUGCCAGGCAGAACCGACAAUGAGAUCAAGAACCACUGGAACACCCACAUCAAGAAGAAGCUUCUAAAAUUGGGAAUCGACCCAGUUACUCAUGAACCUUUAAACAAAGAAUCCAAGCCUGAAGAAAGUUCUCCCCAGAAAACGGCGGCAGCAUCACCAACUCGUCAGAGGAUAAUUCCAGCACUACACCAACUGAGAAUUUUUCCACCACCGAUGACUCCACUUUGUUAGACAGCAUUUGAAACGACGAAACGUUGUUGACGAGCUUAUGGCUCGAUGAACCUGCCCUGGCUGAUGCUUGGAAC